AAAACAUAACCAAUGAGAAACAUAUGACAGCUAGUAAAUAUAAAUAAAAUUAUUCUUCUUCAAAAUAAAUGUUUAUAAUUAAUAAUGGAUAAAAAGGUGAUAGAUUUCGAUAAGGUGUGCAGAACGUGCUUGUCAAUUAAAAAAGAUAUGAGACCAUUAUUUGAGGAAUUAAUUGCUACUUUACUUAUGGAAUGCACAAAUAUCAAGGUGUCCCAAACGGAUGGCUUGCCUGGACAGAUUUGUGUGCAAUGUGUGCAUCAAAUAAGUCGAUGCCAUUCAUUUAAAUCCCAAGUUGAACGAUCAGAUGUUACUCUGAGAGAUUACGUACAACAAAUGCAACAAGCUAACCAAACUCAACAAAACAGACAAGUACUUUUAACAGUUUCAGGAGAAGAUUGCGAAAUGGUGGUACCUGAUUUAAUAUCAGACCAAAAUGGACAUAAUUUUUACACAAACAAUCAAAGCGGAAAUACACAUAUUACGAAUACUGAUGGUACAAACUUUAAAGUUAUUGAACUUUACGACCAGAUAAAUGAAAGUAGUGGAUGCUCGCAGCAGAUUCAAGUACAUGUUUUGCAACAGCAUGCUUUGACUGAUUCGCAACUCUUAGAUCAAAAUGCUCAGCAACAUGAAAUUAUUCAGAAUAUUGUUAAUAGUAGUGAAUUACAGACUCAACAAAUAGCUAGUAUUCAGCAGCAACAGGAAGAAAUAAAACAACAAAACAUAAUCACAUUGCAGCAAGAAAUUCAACAAUUAGAAGAAUCACAGAAGAAUGUAUCAACCGAACAGAACGAGAUUAAUUUUGAUGAUCCUGAAGAAGAUAAAAGUUAUUUAGAAUUAGUCACUUUUCAAGCAGCUGCUUCAGUAACACCUGGAAGGCAUAUAUGUAACCUGUGUUGUAAAGAAUUCAAACACUCGAAGUGGUUGAAAGCACACAUGAGAUCACAUUCAAAUUGGAUAAAGGCAAAUUGUAAAAAGCCCCCAAUUUGUACAAUAUGCAACCGAAGUUUUAAAGGUCCAGGGAUGCUAAAAAUGCAUAUGAAAACACAUGAGGCAAAACCAGAAAAACCACCUACGUGUACUGUGUGUCAUAAAGAAUUUAAAUCGAAAACUAUAUUAUAUCGGCAUAGACAAACACAUUUUGAGAAAAAGUUGUAUCCUUGUACUGUUUGUGAAAAAAGUUUUAUUUCCAACUAUGCUCUGCAAGCCCAUCUUGCCCGACACCGUGGAGAAAAACCAUAUAAAUGCUACAAUUGCGAGAAAAGUUUUUAUAAUCCUACAGAUUUAAAGGUGCACAUGAGGCUUCAUACUGGGGAAAAGCCUUUAAAUUGUCCGGACUGUGGAAAAGCUUUUCGACGUCAUAGUACCUUAUGCCAGCAUGCUAAGAAACAUCGAGGUGUAAGGGAUCAUGUUUGUGCGACUUGUGGAAAAGCCUUCUUUGAGAUUUCUAAACUUAAUGCCCAUAUGCGUGUUCAUACAGGUGAAAAACCGUUUGAAUGCCAGUACUGUUCUCGUAGAUUUACUCAACAAUCAGCUUUGAUUUAUCAUCGAAGAACGCAUACGGGAGAAAGACCGUAUGCUUGUGAAUCGCCAGGAUGUGAUAUGAAAUUUGCAACCAGCUCAGCUCGAAAUAAUCAUAUGGCUACACACACGGGAUUUAAAAAGUUUGCUUGUUCUGAUUGUGGAAAAGGAUGCACGAAUAGGACUGAACUUAAAAUUCAUAUGACAAAACAUACAGGAGAAAAAUUGUUUCCUUGUGAAUUUUGUGAUCAGAAAUUUUCUACUGCUAGUUAUCUUGCUGUUCAUAGGCGUCACCAUACAGGAGAGAAAAAAUAUGUUUGUGAAACGUGUGGGAAGGGCUAUGUGGAGUCUGGCUCCUAUAAAAAACAUAUAAAGACACAUGAAACGGCUAAUAAUGCUAAGACAUUUUCCUGCACUUUGUGUAACAAAUCUUAUACACAGUCUCAAAACCUUAAAAAACAUAUGAUGACUCAUCAACAAGAUCAACAAAAUCAGCAAGUUCAGCAACAACAACAACAACAGCAACAACCACAAACCCAACAACAAACGAUAAUUCAAGCCCAGCCACAAACUGUAACAAUGCAUCAAAUUAGACAAGCAUCUCCUGAUACCGUACUUGGCCAGGUUUCACUACAACAUCCCCUUCAUAUGCAAACAAUUCAGCAGUUGUCGAGUUUACCUUCCCUUUCAAGUCCACCGCCUUUAGUUCACUUAUCAACAGCUGGCGGACAAUUACUACAAAUACAACCAGAUCAACUCGGACAAUUAACACAUCGAAUAAUACUGCAAUCAAAUGGACAACCUAUUUUAUGGCAACAACAACAGUAAGAGUUUUCUUACGUAAUAGAAUAAUAUAUUAUUUGAGACAGGUGAGAAAUAGGUUAAUAGUUGUAAUAUAUGCACUGGACAGGGAGAAAAAGGUUUGUUUGUUGUUUUUUUUUAUAUCUUCUUUCUCUUAUUAUAUAUGCUUUAAACAAUUGCUUUGAGCAAUUCGUACUAUUCUCUUUAAUAAAAUAAUAUAUAUUUUAAUUGACUAAAACAAAUUCUAG